AUGAGUGUCUUUAUAGGAACGAUACUAGGAUUAGCUAUUUCCAAUAUAGCUGUGACACCUGUUCAAGCUGGUUCUACACCUCUAGUCAGGAGCUACGAGGGUAGUUCGUUCUUUGAUCGAUGGGAUUAUUAUGGCUAUUACGAUAACACCACGAACGGAGAUGUGACUUAUGCCAAUCAAUCCGUUGCAUCAAGUAGUCAACUCACGUAUUCGACCAGUUCCAAUACGGCUAUCAUCCGUGUUGACAAUUUUACCGAUGUAGCAUAUAACUACAAGAGGAAUAGUGUCAAGAUUACUUCUCAGGACUCUUAUGAUGUCGGUUCCGUAUGGGUGUUAGACGCUGUUCACUUGCCAUAUGGAUGUUCGGUCUGGCCAGCAUUCUGGAGUUAUGGCAAAGAAGCCACCUGGCCUGAAGAAGGAGAGAUAGAUACGAUCGAAGGUGUAAAUAUGGGAUUCUCCAAUCAGAUGGCUCUCCAUACUGAAAGCGGAUGUUCGAUAACAUCCACAUCAUCGUUCUCGGGAACAGUCAACGACACUUCAUGUUACUACUCGGAUAACGAUAACUCCGGAUGUGGAGUGACCGAUACCAAUCACAAAUCGUAUGGAGCAGAGUUUGCCUCGGCAGGCGGAGGAGUAUUCAUCACUCAAUUGGCUGAGAGCGGUAUAUCAAUAUGGUUCUUCUCAAGAGACGAUAUUCCCGAUGACAUCUCUUCAGCGAGCGAUUCGAUCGAUACCUCCAACUUGGGUACACCAAGUGCUUUCUACAGUAAUGAUGGGUGUGAUAUAGAUAAAUUCUUUGGAGCUCAGUCUUUGGUAUUUGAUAUUACCCUAUGUGGUGAUUGGGCAGGUCAAUCGAGCAUUCUCUCCUCGACAGGAUGUCCAGCUUUGACGGGCAGCGAUACAUGUUACACCACAUAUGUCUUGAAUGCUACAAAUUACGACACCGCAUAUUUCGAGAUCAACAGCUUGAAAGUAUACUCUAAUGAAUCGUCAUCGAGCAAUUCAAGUUCCAGUUCCACUUCAAGCUCUACCUCUUCUGCCAUUUCGAUGACACCCCUAUUAUCAAUAGGCCAGAACACACUGCUAGCGGGAUCGGUAUUUGGAUUGAUAGGAUUGCUUGCUAUCAUGUAA